AUGGCUGAGAGAUUAGGUCGAGGCAUUGUUACAGAUGCAAUCACUACUCCUGUGGUGAACACUUCUGUCUACUUUUUUAAGAAAACUGCUGAUCUCAUUGAUUGGAAGGAGAAAAGACAAUUUAGUUAUGAAUAUGGACGAUAUGGAAAUCCAACAACAGCAGUUUUAGAAGAAAAGAUGAGUGUAUUGGAGGGAGCUGAAUCGACCCUGUUCCUAGCAUCUGGGAUGUGUACAAGCUCUGUCAUGUUCUUGGCACUUGUUCCAGCUGGAGGACAUAUAAUAACUACUACUGAUUGCUAUAGAAGAACCAGAAUAUUCAUUGCUAACAUGCUUCCUAAAAUGGGAAUUACGGCCACCAUAAUUGAUCCUGCUGAUGUUGAUGCCUUAGAAGCUGCUUUGGAAAACAACAAAGUUUCACUCUUCUUUACCGAGACACCAACAAAUCCAUUCCAAAGAUGUGUUGAUAUUAAGCUGGUUUCAGAACUUUGUCAUAGAAAAGGAGUUUUGGUUUGCAUUGAUGGAACAUUUGCUACUCCUAUUAAUCAAAAAGCACUUUCUCUUGGAGCUGAUCUUGUUGUCAAUUCUGCAACAAAAUACAUUGCUGGACACCAUGAUGUUCUCGCUGGUUGCAUAAGUGGUUCAGAGAAAUUGAUUUCACAAGUUCGAAGUUUUCAUUUUAUUUUGGGCGGUACUCUUAGUCCGAAUUCUGCAUACCUAGUCAUUAGAGGUAUGAAAACUUUGCAUCUUCGUGUACAACAUCAAAAUUCAACAGCAUUAAAGUUAGCCAAACUCUUAGAGACACAUCCUAAGGUGAAACAAGUUUAUUAUCCGGGAUUGUCAAGUCAUCCCGAAUAUGCUCUCGCUAAGAGGCAAAUGUCUGGUUUUGGUGGCGUUGUCUGUUUCGAUAUUGAUGGAGAUAUAAUGAGGACUAUAAAAUUUGUUGAUGCAUUAAAAAUUCCAUACAUUGCACCAUCUUUUGGUGGUGUUGAGAGUAUUGUGAAUCAGCCUGCAAUUAUGUCUUAUUGGGAUCUUCCAAGGUCAGAGAGGGAAAAAUAUAGAAUCUACGACAACACAGUUCGUUUCUGCGUAGGAGUUGAAGGCUACCAAGAUUUAAAGGAUGAUAUCUUACAAGCUCUUGAGGUUAUUUAA